GCACGCAGCCGGGGAGCGCUGCACUGUUCUGCGCACUGGUUCCGCUGGAGAACACCGAAUAACGGCGCUCGACAACCGGGUGCUGGUGGAGGGGGAGACUGGACCCGGACCAGGACCAGGACCAGGACCAGGACCAGGACCGGGAGAAGCACCGUGGCUCUUUACAGCCCGCUCUCCGAGAACAUGUCGGAGUUUUUUCUACUCGCCUUCCUGGCCCUUUUCUCGGGAUUAUUUCCGUGCGCCGAGCCCUCGACGGUGUCGGACGAGGAGAAAGCCAUCUUGUGUGACAUUGGAGAGUUUCACUGUCACGACCAGAAAGCCUGCAUCCCCGAGGCCUGGGUCUGUGACGGCGAGCCCGAUUGCCCCGACGACUCAGACGAAGUCCAUCACCUUUGUGCGCAGGAGGUGGUGAUCAGAUGUCCGCUCAAUCACAUACAGUGCGUGGGGACGAAAAAAUGCAUCCACUUCAACAAACUCUGCAACGGCGCCAGAGACUGCGAGGACGGCUACGACGAGGGAGUUCACUGUCGAGAGCUCCUGUCAGCCUGCCACGAGCUCCGGUGCCGCUACGGCUGCGUCAUGACGAGAAACGGCACCUUCUGUUUCUGCGCUGACGGCUUCGAGGUCGGCGAGGACGGGACGAGCUGCAGAGAUCAUGAUGAAUGUGCCAUGUACGGCGCAUGUAGCCAAACCUGCACCAACACCUACGGGUCAUACAGAUGCAGCUGCACAGAGGGAUACAUCCUGCAGCCUGACAGGAAAUCCUGCAAAGCCAAACAAGACCCGGGUGACAGCCGGCCGGUGCUCCUCAUCGGAGGCUCGGAUCGUAUUGUCAUCACCCAUCUAAAUGGAACGGGCCUCCAGCCCAUGAGGUCUCUGGGUGUAAAUGGAACACUGGCGUUGGAUUUCCUUCAUAACCAGGAAAAAGUAUGCUGGGCGCUGUCGACGGAGUCCUCCGGGCUGCUGCGCUGCGCCGUGACGAGAAACCUGCGAGGAUUCACACGGGAACAAGAAAUAAGAACACAACACAGUUUGCAACAUACGGAGCAGAUGGCCAUCGACUGGCUGACAGGAAACCUCUAUUUUGUUGACCGCGUCUCCGACAAGAUAUUUGUCUGCGACCGCAGUGGGAACACGUGUGUUACUAUCCUGCAACUAGAUCUCCUGAAUCCUAAAGGAAUAGCUCUGGAUCCUCUCAUGGGAAUGCUCUUCUUCACCGACUACGGGAACGUGGCCAAGGUCGAGCGCUGCAACAUGGACGGCACCAACCGGACCCGGGUGGUGGAUUAUAAGAUCGAGCAGCCCACGGCGGUGGCGUUGGACGUGAUCAAGAAGCUGGUGUACUGGGCAGACGCCUACCUGGAUUACAUCGACGUGGUGGAUUACCACGGCAAGAACAGGCACACCAUAAUCCACGGUAGCCAAGUGUCUUACAUUUAUGCAUUAGCUGUGUUUGAGGACUACCUCUAUGCUAUCCACUCUGACCCCUCCGAAGGGAGUUCUGCGGAGCUGCUGCAGAUGCACAGGUUCAACAUCACAGCAGAGAGCAGGACACUCGCCCGCUUGGGGAAUUCUAGAGGACUCCGUGUUUACCACAAACUCGUUCAGCCCAAAGUCAAGAGUCAUGCGUGUGAGAUGGACUCAUAUGGAAAACCCGGCGGAUGCUCCCACGUGUGUCUCCUGAGCGGCAGCUACAAGUCCAGAACAUGCCGCUGUCGCACCGGUUACACCCUGAGCUUUGAUGGAAAAUCCUGCAAAAAGCCGAAAAACGAUUUUUUCCUGUUCUACGGUAAGGGACGCCCGGGGGUCAUCCGAGGGCUGGAUAUGAACAUCAAGUCCAGCGAUGAGCACAUGGAGCCAAUUGAAGACCUGGUAAACCCUCGUGCCAUCGACUACCAUGCAGAACUGGGACACAUCUACUUCGCCGACACCACCAGCUUCCUCAUUGGACGUCAAAAAAUAGAUGGGAACGGGCGAGAGACUAUUCUCAAAGACGAACUCGACAAUGUUGAAGGAAUCUCUGUGGACUGGAUUGGGAAUAACUUGUAUUGGACCAACGACGGAUACAGGAAGACGAUCAGCGUUGCCAGGCUGGAGAGAGCCUCACAAACCAGGAAAACUCUGUUAGAAGGAAAUAUGUCCCACCCCCGAGCCAUCGUGGUUGAUCCUCUUAACAGCUGGAUGUACUGGACCGACUGGGAGGAGGACGAAGUCAACGACAGCAUCGGGCGGAUAGAGAAAGCCUGGAUGGACGGGUCCAACCGGCGCAUCUUCGUCACGUCCAACAUGCUGUGGCCCAACGGGCUGACGCUGGACCACAGCAGCAGCACCAUGUACUGGUGCGACGCCUACUACGAUCACAUCGAGAAAAUCCACCUGAACGGGACAGGGAGGAUGGUUGUGUACAGCGGGAAAGAGCUGAACCAUCCAUUCGGAAUUUCUCAUUAUCGCAAUUUCAUCUUUUGGACGGAGUACAUGAACGCCUCGGUCUUCCAGCUGGACCUGUCCACGGGCGACGUCGCUCUGCUGCGGAGCGAGAGACCGCCGCUGUUUGGCCUGCGCGUCUACGACGCACAGAGUCAGCAAGGUGACAACGCAUGUAGCGUGAAUUAUGGAGGAUGUAGUACCCUCUGCCUCGCCAUCCCAGGAGGCAGAGUGUGCGCCUGUGCUGACAACCAGCUUCUGGAGAAAAACAAUGUCACCUGCGCAGAUGCUUCCAGCAGCAGUUCGGAGCCGCAGCGGUGCAGGAACGAUGAGUUUCAGUGCCACAAUCAGCGCUGCAUUCGGGCCCUGUGGAAGUGCGACGGAGACGACGACUGUCUGGACGGAAGUGACGAGGAGAGCCACAGCUGCUAUAAUCAUACCUGUCCCGCUGAUCAGUUCAAAUGCAGCAACAACCGCUGCAUUCCCAAAAGAUGGCUUUGCGAUGGAACAAACGACUGCGAAAACAAUGAGGACGAGGCCAACAGCACAUGCUCAGCCCAGCCCUGUAAAGCCGACCAGUUCUCCUGCCAGAACGGACGCUGCAUCCCUCGAGCCUGGAGCUGCGACCGAGUCGACGACUGCGGAGACAUGUCUGAUGAGCUAUCAUGCACAUUCCCGACCUGUGACCCCCUCACCCAGUUCAGCUGCUCCAAUGGACGCUGCAUCAGCGUAAAGUGGCACUGCGACUCAGAUGACGACUGCGGAGAUGGCAGCGAUGAAGCGGGAUGCAUCCAGUCCUGUGCUAACACCCAGUUCCAGUGCACCAGCGGCCGCUGCAUCCCGGACCACUGGGCCUGCGAUGGUGACAACGACUGUGGGGACUUCAGCGACGAGAACACCACCUGCAGAGGUGGAGCUGCAUUGCCGCCAUCUGUGAUCGAGUGCAGCGAGGACGAGUUCCACUGCGUCACGGACGGGACCUGCAUCCCUGAGCGCUGGAGGUGCGACGGAGACAAGGACUGCGAGGACGGCAGCGACGAGAAAGACUGCGAGGGCACCAAGAGAAUGUGUGACCCCAAGGCCAAGUUCACCUGCAAGGAUACAGGAAAGUGUAUCACGAAGAGCUGGGUGUGCGAUGGAGACAUCGACUGUGAGGACCACUCAGAUGAGGAGUCCUGUGAGUCUGCAGUCUGUAAGCCCCCCAAGUACCCCUGUGCCAACGACAGCAGCGUUUGCCUCACUCCGGACAAGAUCUGCAACAGCAAGGUGGACUGCGCCGACCGCUCCGAUGAAGGACCCAUCUGUGAUAUGUGUCUGGUAGCCAGAGGGGGCUGCAGCCACCAGUGCACGGUGGCGCCGGGGAAAGGAGUGGUGUGUUCGUGUCCCCCCGGGCUCCACCUGGACUCCAGCAACAAGACGUGCGAGGUGGUGGACUACUGCAGCCGCCACCUGAAGUGCAGCCAGGUGUGUGAGCAGUACAAGACCACGGUGAAGUGCUCCUGUUACCCGGGAUGGGUGCUGGACUCGGACGGAGACAGCUGUCACAGCGCAGAUCCAUUCGAGGCUUUCAUCAUCUUUUCAAUCCGGCAUGAGAUAAGACGAAUAGACCUUCACAAGAGGGACUACAACCUGCUGGUUCCAGGACUGAGGAACACGAUUGCUCUGGACUUUCACUUUAACCAAAGCCUCCUUUACUGGACGGACGUCGUGGAAGAUAAGAUUUACAGAGGAAAACUCUCAGACUCCGGUGGAGUGAUCGGGAUCGAGGUGGUCGUGCAGCACGGCUUGGCCACCCCAGAAGGUCUGGCUGUGGACUGGAUUACCGGGAAACUGUACUGGAUUGACAGCAAUCUGGACCAGAUCGAGGUGGCCAAGCUGAACGGAGACAUGCGCACCACUCUGAUCGCCGGAGGCAUGGAACAUCCACGGGCAAUCGCUCUCGACCCGGGACAGGGGAUUCUUUUCUGGACCGACUGGGAUGCGACUUUCCCCCGCAUUGAGGCAGCGUCGAUGAGCGGAGGAGGCCGGCACAUUGUGUUUAAGGACAUGGAGAUCGGGGCCUGGCCCAACGGACUCACCCUGGAUCAUCUGGAAAAGAGGAUCGUUUGGACCGAUGCACGCUCUGAUGCUAUUUUCUCUGCCCUCUACGACGGCAGCGGCGUCAUUGAGAUCCUCAAAGGCCAUGAAUACCUGUCCCAUCCCUUCGCCGUGUCUCUUUUCGGAGGCAAUGUCUACUGGACCGACUGGAGGACAAACACUCUGGCCAGAGCCAAUAAGUGGACGGGGCAGAACGUCACAGUCAUUCAGAAGACGAGCGCUCAGCCUUUCGACUUGCAGAUCUUCCAUCCCAGCAGGCAGCCACAAGCGUCGAACCCGUGUGAGGGGAAUGAUGGACGCGGUCCCUGCUCACAUCUGUGUCUCAUCAAUUACAACCGCACGGCGUCCUGCACCUGUCCGCACCUCAUGAAGCUCUCCGCCAACAAACAGUCCUGCUUUGCGCUGAAAAGGUUCCUCCUGUACGUGCGGCGGUCGGAAAUCCGCGGCGUGGACAUCGACAACCCCUACAUGAACGUCAUGACGGCGCUGACGGUGCCGGACAUCGACGACGUCACGGUGGUGGACUACGACGCUCAGGAGGAGCGCAUCUACUGGGCCGACAUCAAAACGCAGACCAUAAAGAGGGCUUUUAUCAACGGCACCCAGCUGGAGACCAUCAUCUCUUCAGAUAUAGCGAACUGCCGCGGCCUGGCGCUGGACUGGCUUUCCAGGAACUUAUACUGGCUCAGCUCGGAAAACGACGAGUCACAAAUCAAUGUGGCCCGCUUUGAUGGCUCCCUGAAGACGUCAAUCAUCCACGGCAUUGAUAAACCAAGGUGCCUCGUCGUGCACCCUGCCAAGGGGAAAAUCUAUUGGACGGACGGCAACACCAUCAACAUGGCCAACAUGGACGGGAGCAACAGCAAAGUGCUCCAUCAGAACCAGAGGGAGCCUCUCGGCCUCUCCAUCGACUACGCCGCCAGCAAGCUGUACUGGAUCAGCUCAGCCAACGGCACCAUCAACAGGUGCAAUCUGGACGGCAGCGGGCUGGAAGUGCUGGAGAGCGUGAAGCGGGAGUUAGCCAAAGGCACCGCGCUGGCCGUGAUGGGUGGCAAACUGUGGUGGGCGGACGACGAGUUAGGACAGCUGGGGACGGUCACCAAGAGGGACGGACGCAACCUGGUGAUCCUGAGGAACAAGACGAGCGGCGUCGUCCACAUGAAGGUGUACGACAGGGAGGGUCAGAAAGGGAGGAAUCCGUGCCAGGUAAACAACGGCGGAUGCUCGCAGCUCUGUUUCCCCACUUCAGAGAACACACGCAGCUGCUCCUGCACCGUCGGCUACAACCUGCGCAGCGAUCGCAUGUCUUGUGAAGGUGUGGAUUCGUUCCUGAUGUACUGCGUCCACGAGGGAAUCCGAGGAAUUGCUCUGGAUCCCAACGAUAACAGCGAAGCCCUCAUGCCCAUCACAGGAACCCUGUUUGCUGUAUCAGUCGACUUUCAUGCAGGGAACGACACCGUGUACUGGACGGACAUGGGGCUGAACAGAAUAUCCCGCGCCAAGCGCGACCAGACCUGGAGGGAGGACAUCAUCACGACCGGCAUCAGCCGGGUGGAGGGCAUCGCCGUGGACUGGAUCGCCGGCAACCUUUACUGGACAGAUCACGGUUUGAAUCUCAUCGAAAUCUCCCGUCUGAAUGGCGCUUUUCGCUCCGUCGUCAUAUCUGAAGGUCUUGAUCAGCCUCGGGCCAUUGCUGUACAUCCACAAAAAGGGUACCUCUUUUGGACCGAGUGGGGUCAGAACCCCUGCAUCGGCCGCUCCCGUCUGGAUGGUUCAGACCAGGUUACCCUGGUGAACUCGGGCAUCACGUGGCCCAACGGCAUUUCCAUCGACUACGAGGAAAAUACAUUAUAUUGGUGUGACGCUCGCACGGAUAAGAUCGAGAGGAUCAACCUUGAGACAGGUGAGAGCCGGGAGAUUGUGCUGCCAAUGGCCAACGUGGACCUGUUCUCAGUAGCUGUGUUUGGGCCUUACAUCUACUGGUCUGACAGGGCCCACUCCAACGGCUCGAUCCGACGCAGCUUAAAGACCGACACGAGUGAGGCGGUGACCAUGAGGAGUGGUCUCGGGGUCAAUUUGAAAGACGUGACUGUCUUCAAUAGAGGCAGAGAAAAAGGCACCAACCCCUGCGCCAGGAGCAACGGGGGCUGCCAGCAGCUGUGCUUCCACCUGGGCAGCGGCCGCCGGACGUGCUCCUGCGCCCACGGCCGCCUGGCCGAGGACGGCUUCGCCUGCCGGCGCUACGAAGGCUACCUGCUCUACUCCGAGAGGACCAUCCUGAAGAGCAUCCACCUCUCGGACGAGAACGACCUCAACUCGCCCGUCCAGCCCCUGGAGAACCCCGCCUUCGUCAAGAACAUCAUCGCGCUCGCCUUCGACUACGGCCAGAAGACGGCCGGAUCCAACCGCAUCUUUUUCAGCGACGUGCAUUUCGGGAAUAUCCAGGUUAUUAACGACGACUGGACGGGAAGAUCCGUCAUCGCAGAGAAUGUGGGCUCAGUGGAGGGCCUGGCUUACCACAGAGCCUGGGACACUCUGUACUGGACCAGCUCCACCACCUCCACCAUCACCAGGCAGACCGUGAACCAGAAGCGAGCCGGCGCCUUGGCCAGGCAGGCCGUGGUCACUCUUUCAGAGGAAGACCACCCACAUGUUCUUGCUCUGGACGAGUGUCAAAACCUCAUGUUUUGGACCAACUGGAACGAGCAAAGGCCCAGCAUCAUGAGAUCCACCUUAGCUGGCAAGAACCUGAGGAUCGUCAUCAGUUCUGACAUCCUGACGCCCAACGGUCUGACGAUCGACCACAAGGCAGAGAAGCUGUACUUCUCAGACGGGAGCCUCGGCAAGAUCGAGAGAUGCGACUACGAUGGCUCCAACAGAUAUGUCAUCAUUAAAUCCGGAUCUGGAAAUUUCUAUGGACUCGCCAUCUAUGCGGACUUCAUCUACUGGUCGGACUGGGCGCGCAGGGCUGUGCUGCGAUCCAACAAGUACACGGGCGGCGACACCAAGGUGCUCCGAGCCGAUAUACCCCAUCAACCCAUGGGAAUCAUAGCUGUGGCCAAGGACACCAAUAACUGUGAGCUGUCGCCAUGCCGGCACCUGAACGGAGGCUGCGGCGACCUCUGUCUGCUGACCCCACACGGGAGGGUGAACUGCACGUGCCGCGGCGAGCGCGUGCUGCUAGAUGACAACAGAUGUGUGUCAGAGAAUUCCUCCUGCAACAUCUACACUGAAUUCGAGUGUGGGAAUGGAGAGUGUAUCAACUACCAGCUGACCUGUGAUGGGAUCGCCCACUGCAAGGACAAGUCAGACGAGAAGAUGCAGUACUGUGACAACAGGAGCUGUCGGAAGGGUUUUCGGCCCUGCUUAAACCAGCGGUGUGUGGCCAACAAUCGCUUCUGUGACGGGAUCGAUGACUGCGGGGAUAACUCUGAUGAAGCUCUGUGUAGCAAUGUCACAUGUGGCUCAUCAGAGUCAUCUUGCAAGGACGGGAGCUGCGUUCCCAGAUCAGCCUGGUGUAACCAGGUCAUUGACUGCGCCGACGCCUCGGACGAAAAAAACUGCAACCACACAGACUGCUCGCACUUUUACAAGCUGGGAGUGAAAGAAAAGGAUUUCAUCAGCUGCAACUCCACCUCGCUGUGCAUCCACCCCUCCUGGAUCUGCGACGGCGCCAAUGAUUGCGGGGACUACGCCGACGAGACCAACUGCCAGGUCUCCCAUGGGCAGAAGUGCGAGGAGGGCCACUUCGCCUGUCCGAGCGGGAACUGCAUCUCCAGCGUGUGGCUGUGCGACGGCCAGAAAGACUGCGAGGACGGGGCAGAUGAAUUCCAGUGUGAUUCGUCAUGCCUGUGGAACCAGUUCGCCUGCUCCAAGAACAAGUGCAUCGCCAAGCAGUGGCUGUGCGACGGCGAGAACGACUGCGAGGACGGCCUGGACGAGAGCGUGCAGAUCUGCGGCUCGGUGACUUGUGCUCCAGGCCUGUUCAGUUGCCCUGGGUCGUAUGCCUGUGUUCCCAAACGCUGGCUGUGUGACGGUGAGAGGGAUUGUCCUGAUGGGAGUGACGAGCUUUCAGCCGCUGGCUGUGCGCCCAACAACACGUGCGAUGACAGCUCGUUCCGCUGCCACAACAAAGCGUGCAUCCCCCAGCGGUUCGUCUGCGACCACGAUAACGACUGUGGAGACGGAUCUGAUGAGUCAGUGGAAUGUGUCUAUCGCUCCUGUGGAUCGGAGGAGUUCCGCUGUGGGGACGGACGCUGUCUCCUCAGCUCUCAGUGGGAGUGUGACGGCUACGCCGACUGUCCCGAUCACUCUGACGAGCUGCCUCUGAACCUCAAGUGUCUGGCUGCAGGAAGCUUGUGCAAUGGCUCUUUCUUCAUGUGCUCCAAUGGACGCUGCAUUUCGGAGGGGAGCCUGUGCGAUGGAAGGGACGACUGCGGAGACCAGUCAGAUGAGAGGAAUUGCAAUGUGAACGAAUGCUUGAAUCGGCGAAUCAGCGGGUGCACACAGGACUGCCAGGAUCUUCCUGUGGGCUACAAGUGUAAAUGCUGGCCUGGUUUCCAUCUGAAGGAUGAUGGGAAGACCUGUGUGGACAUUGAUGAAUGCUCCACUACGCUUCCUUGCAGCCAGCGGUGCAUCAACACAUAUGGCUCCUUUAAGUGCCUGUGUGUGGACGGGUACGAGGGUUUGGAUCGCAACCCCAACACGUGCAAGGCCGUGUCAGUUGAAGAGCCUAUUCUCAUUAUGGCGGACCACCAUGAGAUCCGCAAAUUGAGUGUGGAUGGCUCAAAUUACACCAUCCUGAAACAGGGCCUCUACAACAUCAUCCACUUAGACUUUGACUACAAGAAGGAAUUCAUCUAUUGGGUCGACUCCACCAGACCAAGCGGCCGCAAGAUCAACAGGAUGCGUCUCAAUGGGAGUGACCUCAAGAUCGUUCACAGAACGGCAGUGCCCAGCGCCUUGGCGGUGGAUUGGAUUGGGAAAAACCUGUACUGGUGUGACGCUGAGAGAAAAACGCUGGAAGUCUCCAAAGCUAAUGGUCUUUACCCAACAAUUCUGAUCAGCUCCAGCCUCAGAAACCCCACAGAUCUGGCCCUGGACCCCCAGUCAGGGUACGUGUUCUGGGUGGACUGCUGUGAACCCCCUCACAUUGGGCGCAUCGGCAUGGACGGCCGAGGGCAAACGGUUAUCAUUGACACAGAGAUCUAUAGCCCCACUGCUCUCACUAUCGAUUACACCAACAAGAGGCUCUACUGGGCAGACGACAACCACAUCCUGUUUGCCAACAUGGAUGGCACCCAGAGACGCAAAGUGUCCUACGAUCACAUCCAAGGAGUCAUGGCACUGACUUUGUUCGAAGACUUCGUCUACUGGACGGACGGGAAGUCCAAAUCAUUACGACGUGCCCACAAGACAACUGGCGCACAAGGGAUGGAGCUCCUCAACUCCUGGCAAGCCAUCAAAUCCAUCAAGGUCUACCAUUCCCUGCGCCAGCCCGAAGUGCCCAAGCACCAGUGUCAGAUUGCGAAUGGAGGAUGCAGUCACCUGUGUCUUCUAUCCCCGGGUGGAGAACACAAAUGUGCUUGUCCCACUAAUUUUUACUUGGCAGCUGACAAUAAAACCUGCCUCUCCAAUUGCACCUCGAGCCAGUUCCGCUGCGGGACAGACGAGUGUAUCCCUUUCUGGUGGAAAUGCGACACGGUGGAUGACUGUGGGGACGGAUCGGACGAGCCCGCCGACUGCCCCGAAUUCAAAUGUCAGCCUGGGCGUUUCCAGUGUGGCACUGGCCUUUGUGCUCUCCCUCCCUUCAUCUGCGACGGCGAGAACGACUGUGGCGACAACACAGAUGAAGCCAACUGUGAGACGUACAUCUGUCUGUCAGGCCAGUUCAAGUGCACCCGAAAGCAGAAAUGCAUCCCUCUUAACCUGCGCUGCAACGGUCAGGACGACUGUGGAGAUGGAGAGGAUGAGACAGACUGCCCUGAGAGCACCUGCUCCCCAGACCAGUUCCAGUGCAAGGCGUCCAUGCACUGCAUUUCCAAGCUCUGGGUUUGUGACGAGGACCCCGAUUGUGCAGAUGGAUCAGAUGAGGCCAACUGUGAUGAAAAGACCUGCGGACCUCAUGAAUUCCGCUGCAAGAAUAACAACUGCAUCCCAGACCACUGGAGGUGUGACAGCCAGAACGACUGUGGAGACAACUCAGACGAGGAGAACUGCAAGCCAGUCACCUGUAACCACAAGGAGUUCGCCUGCGCUAAUGGAGACUGCAUCUCCUCCCGGUUCCGCUGCGACGGGGACGGCGACUGCCUGGAUAAUUCAGAUGAGAAGGGCUGCGAGGCCCGCUGCGCGGACGACCAGUUCCGCUGUCAAAACAACCUCUGCAUCUCACUGAAGUGGCUGUGUGACGGUCAAGAGGACUGCAAGAUGGGAGAGGACGAGAAAAACUGCCAGGGAACAGACGUCCCCUCGUGUUCGGUGAACGAGUACGUGUGCGCCAGCGGGGGCUGCGUGUCGGCCAGCCUGCGCUGCGACGGCCACGACAACUGCCUGGACGGCUCAGACGAGAUCGGCUGCGUGAAGGAGUGCAGGGAGGAUGAGUUCCUGUGUCUCAAUCGCGCUCACUGCAUCCCCCGGCGCUGGCGCUGCGACGACGUGCUGGACUGCAUGGACCACAGCGACGAGGAGAACUGUGGCCAGGGAGCUUUCUUCUGCCGGGCGGAUGAAUUCAUCUGCAACAACACACUGUGCAAACUCCACACGUGGGUGUGCGACGGCAAGGACGACUGCGGCGACAACUCGGAUGAAGACGUCGACAUGUGUGCUAAACUCCCCUGCCCUCCUACAAGGCCGUUUCGCUGCAGGAACGAUCACGUGUGUCUGCGUUCUGAUCAGGUCUGCAACAAAGUGGACGACUGCGGGGACAAUUCGGAUGAAGAAGAAUGUGCAGAGGUGGUGGCCGGACGACCCCGGCCUUGCGGGAAGACCGAGUUCACCUGCAGCAACCGGCGCUGCGUCCCGCUCCAGCUGCAGUGCGACCUCUUCAACGACUGCGGCGACGGCGGCUCCGACGAGCAGGACUGCAAAGCAUUUUCCAGCGGAGAUGUGUGUGGAAAGAAAACAAAUCCGUGCGGGGAGGAUGCACUCUGCAACCAGACCAACGUUAAUGCUAUAUGUCAGUGCAAACCCGGCUUUAAGAGGAACCAGAAGACAGGCCAGUGUGAAGAGUUAAAUGAAUGUCUACAGUUUGACACGUGUCCUCAUUACUGCACAAACAUGAAAGGAUCCUUCAAAUGCACUUGCGACCGCAACUAUAAGGAGAUCAAUGGCAACUGCAUUGCAAAAGGACCAGAGGAUCGAGUGCUCUACAUAGCUAAUGAUACGGAAAUCCGAAGCUUUGUGUAUCCAUAUAACCAGAGCCACGGACACAAAGUGCUCUCUCACAUUGAGGACAACGCCCGUAUUAUCGGGAUGGAUGCUCUGUUUCACAACCAGAAGUUUAUCUGGGCUACCCAGUUUAACCCGGGCGGGAUUUUUUACAAAGACACUCAAGAGAAAAGUCAUAUCAAAGCAAAUGUCAGAAACAUUUGUUCAGACUUCCGCCGCCCCAGAGAUAUUUCUGCUGACUGGAUUACAGGCAACAUUUACUGGACUGAUCACUCCCGGAUGCACUGGUUCAGUUAUUACACAGCCCACUGGACUAAGCUAAGAUAUUCCAUCAACGUGGGGCAACUGAAAGGCCCGAACUGCACCCGCUUGAUCACUGACAUCGCGGGCGAACCGUACGCCAUCGCCGUGAACCCAGCCAGAGGAAUGAUGUACUGGAGUGUGAUCGGUGAUCACUCUCAAAUCGAAGAGUCGGCCAUGGACGGCUCGCUGCGCCGAGUGCUGCUGGAGAAAAACCUUCGGAGACCCACCGGGCUGGCCAUUGAUUAUUUCAACCAACGUAUUUACUGGGCUGAUCCCGAGCUCUCGCAGAUCGGGAGCAUGAGAUUGGACGGCUCGGACCCUCUGGUGACAAUCACUGAGAGACACGGAAUCUCACAGCCAUACAGGAUUGAUAUAUUUGAAGACUACAUAUAUGGAACGGGGCUAAAACACGAGAUCUUCAAGAUUCACAAGUACGGCAAGCAGUCGGUGGAAUUUCUCAGUCUGGGGGUGGAGAAGCCCACCAACGUUUUCAUCUCCCACCGCUACAAGCAGCAGGAUGCUUCAAAUCCGUGCUUACGGAUGUCUUGUGAUUUUAUGUGUCUGCUCAAUCCAACCGGUGCCAAAUGUACCUGUCCGGAGGGGAAGGUGCUGGUCAACGGCACCUGCAGCGAUGUCAACAUCUCAGGUGAGCUGUGCCGCCCGCCCUGCGAGAACGGAGGCCGCUGCUUGGCCAACGAGAAGGGAGACUGGCGCUGCUACUGCUGGCCCGACUUUUCGGGGGAGCGCUGCGAGGUCAACCACUGCACCGACUACUGCCUGAACGGAGGCACCUGCAUGGGCUCGCCUCUGGGAAAGCCGACGUGCCGGUGUCCGGUUGGAUUCUCAGGGCCCUUUUGCGAGAAGCGGAUCUGUGACGGUUACUGCUUGAACGGGGGAACGUGCGACGUCACGCAGGGCAACCAGCCCGUGUGCCGCUGCAUGGCGGAGUAUACCGGAGACCGCUGUCUCUACCACAUCUGUCACCACUACUGCGUCAACUCCAAGGCGUGCACGCUGUCCAGCAGCGGCUACGUGGAGUGCGUGUGUCCCACCAGGUUCGAGGGGAACAAGUGCGAGACGGACAAGUGUCUCCGGUGCCACGGCGCCCCCUGCCUUAUUAACGAGGAGACGGGAGACGUGGUCUGCAACUGCACAAAUGGCAGAAUAGCGCCAAGCUGUCAACUGUGUGACGGAUAUUGCUACAAUGGAGGCACCUGUCACCUGGACCCUGACACCAACCUGCCUUUCUGUCAAUGCUCAGCCAACUGGGCAGGAACACAGUGUGAGAGGCCGGCCCCGAAAAGCAGCAGAUCAGACAACACCAGUGGAGGGAGCAUAGCAAUCAUUGUGCCUCUGGUCCUGCUGGUAAUCCUGAUUGUGAUGGUGGUAGCAGGUGUUUACAUCUGCAGACGGAGACAAAGGGGAAAACGCGUCCAGAGGCAGCCCAUGACUAACGGCGGGAUCAACGUGGAGAUCGGGAACCCGUCGUACAACAUGUACGAAGUGGACCACGACAACCACGCCGACGCCGGCAGCCUGCUGCGACCCAACUUCACACUCGACCCUCACAAGGGCUGGUGUGUAAAAUCCAGUGACCCUCACACCUUGGGCAUCAAUUCUGUGCCCAAGGAGGUAAUCCCUGGACAGCCCAUGAACUACUCCAACCCGGUGUAUGCAAAGAUCUAUAUCGACGGGCAAAACUGCCGGAAGCCGGUCAUCAGUAUCGACGAGAGGAGAGAGCUACUCCCAAAGAAACUAGAGGGGACAAUUCAUGAAACCGCCGCAUAGCCUAACUUUACACUUUGUACUUCUUUUUUUACCACAGUGUACAAUGUAUAAUACGACGGAGGAAAGAGGGUUUUUUUUUUUUUUUUUUUUUUUCUAUUUCCUAUGAGGCUCCUUCUGGUUUAGCAUCAGCGUAUCGUCCCUGUCGGUGUGCCCGACAGCUUUUAUUUCCCAUCGACGGCUUUUGCUUUCUGAUGUUGGUCAAAAAUAAGUCAUACAGCGCCGUACUGUAUACUGUAUGACACUGAGGUAAAGCUGCUGAUUUGCAAAAACUUUUAUUAACACCGUAAGCCACACCUGUGCACAGUUCAAACCUUAAGAUGCAGUGCUAGAAUUUAUACCCAUGAAG